AAUCUCUGCUACUACUGCUCUAUGUUCAGCCAGAUGGAAAUUGCCUCUAAGCUCUUUAGACUUGGUCUAAAGGUUUUGAAAAUUUCCCUCUGAACUCCUCCCCCAAACCUGUCUUCAAAUUUCUUACAGUGGAUCAGUUCCCUCUAAACCCUAGCUAACCCUUACAAUAUCAGAAUGGAUGCUGCCACAAUACGAAAGAUUCAAGCCAUGAACAGCUCCAAGUCUGUGUUUGUGAUAGGGAGCCUCAUAAUCAUCUUCCUUGUUGGAGAUUCCAAGGCUUUGACAUCAGAGUCUUCUCCGGCCAGUGAAGUGUACUAUGAUGAGUAUGUGAGCGUGAGUAGAAACCUUUGGAGUCUCUCUGGCCAUGAAGAGAAGGGGGAGAUGAAGGGGGAGAAAUUUUUUGAAGAGAAAGUGGAAAGGUAUAAAAAUGGAGAGGGAGGAAAAUGGAAAAAAUGGGAGAUGGAGAAAAAACCAAAGGUGAAGUUGGGUGGGGAAGAGAAUCUCAGUUUGCCUGAAUUAAACAAAAGGGCUGAUGACUUCAUUGCAAGGAUCAACAGACAAAGGAGGCUUGAAGCUAAGCACUAGGGAGAGAGAGAGAGAGAGAGCCUGGUGGUUGAAGAAAUGAGGUGAUUUGUGUGUAGUUUAUAGUUGUACUGAGAUCUAACAAAAACCCAAAAAAACAAAUUUUCUCUUUGUAUUUUCAAUGGGCUUUGCAGACUUUUUUUCUCUUUAUCUUUGUAUUUCCAUGAGCUCCCCAGAAAGAGAUUGUAUAUGGUCAUGUCAUAUGCCUUCAAAUUCAUAUAAUGAAGUGCUCAUCCAUGAUUCUACCA